ACACUCAAAAAAUCAAAAAAAAAUCUAUUGUCACUUUUGAUACCAUGUAAAUUUUUUACACUCCAUCGAAGUUUUUUUUAUUUACAGCAAUACACUGGCAGCCUAGUAUUAACACGCACACAUCGCGGUUCAACCUCUAAAUUGCGUAUUAUAUUUUUCAAUUUAACGGUAUUAGCUAUUCGUCAAAAUAGAUUGUCUAAAUUCCUUUCUGGUUCCCGAUGAGCUCUUUUUGGCCUUCAGUCGCUUUCUGGGAUACCAAAGGGGUCUGAGCGAAGCAACAACAGAGCAUCAGCAAAAUCCUUGCCACAACGAAUCCUGCAAGACUCAUUGCUCAAGCGACGAGGAAACCUACGAUCCCUGUCCAACUGUCACUCGGUUCCCAAUGAUGCUUAACUCCUGCAAACCGCCGGAUGAACCAUGUAGUCAAUCCACAUUCAAUGGUGGCAGGCAGAAUUGCUCGUUAAUGACACAGAAAGGGUUCCCAAGCCGUUGUAAUGGCGAAGACGAAUAUCAAGAACAAUGCCCCAGCAUUCAGCCUUUCCCGAAUGAACAGAGUUCAUCAAAGCGUACUGCUUCUCGAUCCCAAAGCGCCCCCAGACCGAAUAAAACUGAUAGCUCUGAUUGCCAUCACACUUCGCACAUCAAAACAAUGAGAAGGGGACCUACGAACCCAAAUAGUGCUUGUACAACGUGCGAUUUGAAUGACCCAGGCGAUAACCACUAUUCAACGAACCCUUCAAGGAAUAACACCCCACACGAUUGUUACAAUACCUCUCAAGUUGGCAUGAACUAUGGCGAGUUUCGGAGGCGUAAUGAGGUAUUACAAGAGAUUCAGCGACGGCGACAGCGGCAAGAGCAGUCAUGUCAGCAAAAGACAUCCAAUAAUUCUUGUUUGGAAAGUGACGAUUCGAUUAUAUUUGAACCAGGUCUUAAUAGUACGACAAUAGUUCAAGACGAACGUCGCCAGCAAUCUGUAAGAAGUUGCCCACAGCAGCGAUCCAAAAAUCAAAAUAUGUCUUCUAACCAGAUGUGCGACACAAGCCGCAGGUCAGAAAAUGCUAAAACAAUGUGCGAUUUCGAACGAACUCGGGAAAUGCAACAUACGCAAACAGAGUGCGAAUCACCACAAUCACAUAGAGGCCAAACACUGCACGAAACGACACUCAAUAAAACAAGUUACCUGCCGCCAGAGUGCACAAGUAAUUCAGGAUGUUGCCAACAAUCUGGUCAAAAAAGCUGUUGUGGUAAAGGAUCUUCGGCCUGUAAGGAAAGCACGGAAGAAAACCAAAGCUUUUCCCAACGUGGAAACACGUCUUCCUCAAGAAAUCAGUCUUGUUUGUCAGGAAGGUCCUGCAUAAAUCAAACAUCAUUUGACAAAUCUAAUGGAAAUUCAUCUUUUGGAGGACGUUCUAUGCGAAUGCACAUAAAACCCCGUGAGGACCGCUUAACCGAGCGCAUUCAAAACGAUUUCCUCGAGACUUUGGUAAAGGAUCGUUUUUGCCCCGGCGUCAUUCAAGCGAGUCUCGACGGACGGGAGGAUUUCAACGUGUAUGCCAGGGAGAUAUCCUUUGCAGGAGCCAUUCCGAAUAAGCCGAUUCCCGUGGAUCCCAUUACAAUGAUUGAAGCCAUUAAGUUGCGUAUCGACUACGAGCGUAAGAAGAUUCUAAAAGAAAAAGUCGAGCCGCGCAGCCGAGAAAAGGAUUCUAAGAACCGUUCUAAUGACGGAAAGUCAAGGCGUCCCCGACCAGUAACUAACGAGGAUAUUGAUUCACAUUUUGGUUCGAAGAAUAGAUCCGAAGUGAAUGAGGGCGUGGCAGCUUUUUUGAAAGCCGAGACUGAAUAUCGCAAUAAUUUUUUGGGAGCAGAUACCUUUGAUGCGCACAUCCAUAGCUAUGAAAGUCAUCUAGUUGAUGAAUCCAUCAAAGUCAAUUCCUACACGGCCACUACUACGCCAACUUAUCAAUAAUUUGUCUUCCAAUUAAAAGAAAAUAGUAAGGACGCCUGUUCAUAUUCGAUAGAGAAUUUAUUUGGCACGUGACAUCGGCUUUUCAAUAAAUGAAUGUACGAAAGUGGUAGCCUUGAAUUAAACUGUUGAUAACUCUU